AUGCCCACGACGUUAAACGAGGUGGCCAAGGGGACCAUCUGCCCAACGAAAGCCCAAGCAUUUGAAAAAUUGAUGCUUUGUCGGCCAGUAACCUAA